AGGAGUGGGACUGGGACCUAUCUAAUUAUAACAUCAUCAGUCCCGCGUCAAAAAGACUCCUUCCCAUUAUAAAUCACGAGUAAAUCACAUUGUGCUGCUACUUCCCUACUUCCCCUGUUUCCUCUGUUUCCGGCGAUAUUUCAUUUGCUCGCUUAUGCCGCGGCACAUUCUCAUAUAAACCUCUUUGAUGUGGAUAUCUUAAUAGGAUUAAGGAUUGAAAGAAUGGGGUUUUGCGAGAACUCUACUUCUGAGCAGUUUCAGAACUCUCGUUUUGAGCCUGUGGACAUGAACAGAAGCCCUGCUUGUGAUUUCCGCAUCUCAGAAGCUGUAAACAAGAGGCUGAAACAAACAUCAGCAGAAAGUGGGGAAAAGGGUAAUUACUUGAGUGAAAUUCUAUUGAACUUAGGUCCUAUCGGUUUAACAUUUUCGAAUACAGACUCUUUCGUGGACUCAGUGGAGAAGAAGAGCAUUUUUCAUGCAAAGAACAGCACAAAAAGUACUGUUUCUGGGACUAAUCGAAAACCAGUUCCUGGUGCAGUCCAGGCAAAGCUUAUUUAUGAUGCUGAGAAGUGCAAGGCUUCAAACUUCGGUGCAUCGUUAAUUAGAAUAGGCUCAUGGAAGGAAGUUUCUAAACGUGAAGGUGCCUUGGUGGCCAAGUGUUACUACGCAAAGAAAAAACUUGUGUGGGAGAUCAUGAAGGAGAGCUUGAAAAGCAAGAUUGAAAUACAGUGGUCUGAUAUUUUAUCAAUUAGAGCUUCAACGGUGGCAAAUGAGCCUGGAAUUCUUGAAAUUGAGCUUGACACUCCACCUGCGUUCUAUCAAGAGACUGAUCCAAUGCCGCGAAAGCAUACCCUAUGGAAAGUCAGCGGAGACUUUACUAAUGGGCAAGCUUUAAUUAACAGGAGGCACUAUCUUGAAUUUCCUCCAGGAGCCCUUGAUAAACACUAUGAGAAGCUCCUGCAAUGCGAUAGCAGGUUGUUUAUGUUGAGCCAAAAAACACCAUUCCCAACCUUGCCAUGUUCUCCUUAUUUCCCUUCUGUUUACUACAAUAAUGGGAUUACAGAAACUUCUUUGGAUUUGAGUACUGGUGGACAAUAUGGGUCAAACAUCUCCGGAUCCGGUUUGCAGCUGCCUUUCUCAAGCUUCCCUGGGCCUAUGCAACAUGUUCAGGCACACGACCAAAUCAACCAACCAUACCUUAGUAUUGAGGAUUCAACAGCUAUGGGCUUCUCUUCGCCCCUGCAUGAUGUCGUUAGCAACCGAUUAGGAGAUAAUAAUCCACGGAUGGCAAAUAUGUGGAGUACUACUCAAGGGAUGAUUGAUUAUGCAGAAGUUCUUGGGACAGAUGAUCAAAUUCAACAGCCAUUUUCUUCUGGUGUAGAAACCCACGUGGGAGAGCAGAUUCAAGAGCCAUUUUAUUUUGCUUUAGCAUCAUCAUCCCAAGUGAAUCCAGCAACAAGUUUUCAAAACUACGAUAUUGUGUCAUCAGCAGCUCCUUGUGGUGAUGACGAUGGAGCAGGAACGCCUAUUUUAGACCCUCAAGUACAUAAUAACACUAUGAACCAAUGGAUCAUGAGCGACCAAGGACUUCCAAACAUUGAUCAGAUUAUGUCAUUGGGUGACUUCACUGAUUCACCAAACGAAGAGAAUGGCAAGAACGACAGUGUUCUUGGAGCUUCAUCCUGGUGGUCGGGGUAGAACUUCAGCGCGCUGAUCGACGUCGUUUUGUGAGCAGAAUCUCUAAUUGUUUUAAUUAUUAAACUUGUUAUAUAAAUAAUGCAACCAUCUUGGAGGGAUUUAUUAGCUCAAGCUCAAUUAACACCAAGAUCGAAGAAAGCAGCCACUCUACAGUCUACACCUUGCAUUGGCUCAUAUUCAACAGCCGAAAUUUCUGGUGACACAAAUUGUUUUAAGAUUAGUUUUAGCAUUGUCAUUUGACUCAUGUCAAGAUGAG